CCCUUCGAUCAUGCGCUCCCAUAUUUGCAGCAUCCGUAAACCUCGCGGGAAGGCGGGCUUCCCGUUUAAAACCCCCAUCCGUUCGCAUUCCCAAACACACAACCCUGGCCGCUUCAGCGCUGGCAAGUCUGGCCGCCUGCUCACCACAUCAGAGUUGCCUAACUCCCCUCGCCAACCAGCUUUCAAGUUUCCAUAGAAGAAGAGCUUGGGCGGUAUGCAAAGUUGUGAAAUAUCUUCAGACAGUGCAGAUGAUCCUCUCAGUAGUGGCUCCCAGAGAAAGCGACAACCUCGAAUAGUUGUUAUCGGCGCUGGACUUGCUGGCCUCUCUGCUGCAAAGAAGCUCCUAGCGAAUGGAUUCACAGAUAUUGUCAUUCUAGAAGCAUCUGAGCGAAUUGGAGGUAGAGUGCAAAGUGUUAAACUCGGCUGUGCUACAUUUGACCUUGGGGCAACUUGGAUUCACGGUGCUCAUGGGAACCCGAUUUAUCAGCUAGCAGAAGACCAUGGUCUGCUUGAAGAAACUACAGAUAGGGAGCGAAGCAUUGGCCGCAUCAGUCUCUACUCCAGGAAUGGAGUGGCACACUACUGCACCAGCAGUGGACAGAGAAUACCUAAGGAUGUCGUUGAGGAAUUCAGCGAUGUAUACAACGAGGUCUACAACCUGACUCAGGAGUUCUUCCAACGGGGAAGGCCAGUUGGUGAAGAAAGCCAAAACAGUGUUGGUGUUUUCACGAGGAGUGGGGUGCGAAAGCGCCUCAAAGCUGAUACCGAGGACAUGGGUAUCACCAAGGAGCUGAAGCUGGCAAUGCUUCAGCAAUUCUUGAAGGUUGAAAGCUGUGAGAGCAGUUGUCACAGCAUGGAUGAAGUAUCCCUGAGUGAGUUUGGUGAGUGGACAGAAAUCCCUGGAGCCCACCAUGUCAUUCCAAGUGGCUUUAUUAACAUAGUGGAGAUCCUGGCGCAGGAGAUCCCCAAAUCAGUGAUCCAGCUGAACAAACCGGUCAAGUACAUUCACUGGAAUCGCUCGGUCAGCAAGGAAAUCCAGUUGAUCAGCAGCUCAUUCCCGAGCCACAACCUUGACAGCCAGGAGGAAGACGGCUAUCAGGUCUACGUGGAGUGUGAAGAUUGCGAGCUGAUCCCAGCCGAUCAUGUAAUCGUGACCAUGUCCUUGGGAGUGCUAAAGAAGUACCACGAGACCAUGUUCCACCCGCGUCUCCCUGAAGAGAAGGUCUCGGCCAUCCAGAUGCUGGGCAUUAGCACCACGGACAAGAUCUUCCUGGAAUUCGAGGAGCCCUUCUGGAGUCCCGAGUGCAACAGCAUCCAAUUUGUUUGGGAGGAUGAUGCAGAAAAUGAGAGCCUCGCCUACCCAGAGGACCUGUGGUACAAGAAGAUUUGCAGUUUUGACGUGCUGUACCCGGCUGAGCGGUAUGGGCACGUGUUGAGCGGCUGGAUCUGCGGAGAAGAAGCCCUCAUCAUGGAGAGAUACGAUGACGAAAUGGUGGCGGAAACCUGCACGGAGUUACUGCGAAAGUUUACAGGGAACCCACACAUUCCGAAACCCCGGAGGAUCCUGCGGUCUGGUUGGGGCAGUAACCCUUACAUCCGCGGGUCUUACUCCUACACACGCGUCGGCUCGAGUGGAGCAGAUGUUGAGAAACUCGCAAAGCCCCUGCCUUAUCCAAAAAGCACAAAAGCGGCUCCAAUGCAGAUUUUAUUUGCUGGGGAGGCCACUCACAGAAAGUACUACUCAACGACUCACGGUGCUCUGCUUUCUGGGGAGCGAGAGGCUGCACGUCUCAUAGAAAUGUAUCAAGACCUCUACCAAGGCAAGGGCACAAAGUUCGAAAACUAACAAACCACUUAUUAUUGAGACCUUGUGAAGACUGGGCUAAAAAUGUGUUCAAUGUACUAUUUCUUAAAAUGCAACAUUAUAAUCUCGUCUAAUAAGGGAUAUGUUUGAAUCAUUUUAAAGUGGGUUGGUCUAUUUCUAACACAUUCUGCUAAAGCUUCGACCAUGCAAAUGUUUACACUCCAGUACUGUUUUAAUUUCUAAAUUAAUGUAUUUCUAACCUCAUUUUGAUUUUCUGUAUCAUAAGUGCCUUCUUGUGUUGUUGUUGGUAUAAUAAAAUGAUGGGUAUAACAGGGCACCAGAGGGUGUUCGGGAACUUAUCUCUGGAGCUGAGACAGUGAGAAAUGCUCCAGGUUGCAGCUAUCUGAAGGUGUUCUGAAAAUUGCUGAUGUGUUUCUCUGCCUCUUUCUAUUAGAUAGUCAUUUUAUCAGUGGUUCAAGGAUAGUAUGCUUGCUUCUGGUUUGGAUGGUUGGGAGUUCAAGCUCCAGUCUACGAGCUAACAUAUUACAGUUCAAUCUGAUACUCUUGCGUAGUGCUAAAUAUUAUGGAAGGUUUCACCUUUUUGGAUAAGAUGAGUUGCAAGCAGCUAUGAAAAGUCCCAUGUCAUUUAAUUGAGAAACAGGAAAUCGAAGAAGUAUAGACAUUGGCAGGUUGUUGCAUGUAUCCCUCAUGGAUAUGUACUGGGGCCUUUUAGUAUAUUUAUACAUGACUUGGAUGAAGGAAUAGACAGCUGUAUAUGCAAGUUUGUUGAUGAUACCAAGUUAGAUGGCCCAGUAAAGAAAAUAGGUGGAAGCAGAAAAUUGUAUAGGGACAUUGAUAGAUUAAAUGAGUGGCCAAAACAGGUACAUUUUAAUCCAAAAAGUGAAGUCACUCAGCUGGUACUUAGGGAAGAUAACUCAGUGCAUUUUCUAGUGAGAAGCUAACAGCUGUGAAACACAAAUUUAAAGUUAUGUGCACAAAACCACUAAGAACUAAUGGACAUUGAGAAAACUUAACUUCAAAAGAUAAGUGAACAUUUAGCUUCAUCCCAAGGAAACAAAUGUUGUAUGACACUUAUAAAAAUACUCUAGUUAGAUCCUGUUAAAAGUGCAGCAUUAAUCCUGCUCACCUCACUUGGGAAGUGUGAGCAGAGCUGCAGCAUAGAUUCACUAGAAUGACACUUCACUGUAAAAGUAAACAUUUGGAGAGACGGUGCUAUAGGCUAGGCUUUUAUUCUCUCAAGUAUAGAAGUGUAAAGGCUAAUGUUUAAUUUGAUUAUUGGGGUGGAUAAAGAAAAUGAUUUCCUCUGAUAGUGGAGUCCAAAACCAGGGCAAAAUCCUAAAGCAGAGCUAGAAUUCUUAAGGAAGAUCUUCUUUAUAUUAAAGCUGUGAAGAUCUAGAACUCUUUCAAAAGUCACUGGAGUCUGGGAAAGUCCCAGAUGAUUGGAAAAUUGCUGUUAUAACUACUUUGUUUAAGAAAGGAGCAAGGCAAAAGAUGGAAAAUUAUAGGCCGGUUAGCGUCACCUCGGUAGUUGGGAAAAUUCUAGAAUCCAUUGUCAAGGAUGAGAUUUCUAAAUUCUGGAAGUGCAGGGUCAGAUUAAAACAAGUCAGCAUGGAUUUAGUAAGGGGAGGUUGUGCCUCACAAACCUGUUAGAAUUCUUUGAAGAGGUAACAAGUAUGUUAGACCAGGGAAACCCACUGGAUGUUAUCUAUCUAUUCUUCCAAAAGGCCUUUGAUACAGUGCCUCACAGGAGGCUGAUGAGCAAGGUGAGGGCCCAUGGUGUUCGAGGUGAGCUACUGACUUGGAUUGAGGAUUGGCUGUCUGACAGAAGGCAGAGAGUUGGGAUAAAAGGCUCUUUUUCAGAAUGGCAACUGGUGACGAGUGGUGUCCCGCAGGGUUCAGUGUUGGGGCUGCAGCUGUUCAUUUUAUAUAUUAAUGAUCUGGAUGAAGGGACUGGGGGCAUUCUGGCGAAGUUUGCCGAUGAUAUGAAGAUAAGUGGAUAGGCAGGUAGUACUGAGGAGGUGGGAAAGCUGCAAAAAGAUUUAGACAGUUUAGGAGAGUGGUCCAGGAAAUGGCUGAUGAAAUUCAAUGUGAGUAAAUGUGAGAUUUUGCACUUUGGAAGAAAAGAAUACAGGCAUGGACUAUUUUCUAAACAGUGAGAAAAUUUGCAAAUCAGAAGUGCAAAGGGAUCUGGGAGUGUUGGUCCAGGAUUCUCUAAAGGUUAACUUGCAGGUAGAGUCCGUAAUUAAGAAAGCGAAUGUAAUGUUGUUUAUCUCAAGAGGGUUGGAAUAUAAAAGCAGUGAUGUGCUUCUGAGGCUUUAUAAAGCUCUAGUUAGGCCCCAUUUAGAAUACUGUGUCCAAUUUUGGGCCCAACACCUCAGGAAGGACAUAGUAGCCCUGGAGCGAGUCCAGCAGAGAUUUACACGGAUGAUCCAUGGAAUGGUAGGUUUAACGUAUGAUGAACGGCUAAGGAUCCUGGGAUUGUACUCAUUAGAGUUCAGAAGGUUGAGGGGAGAUCUAAUAGAAACUUACAAGAUAACGUAUGGUUUAGAAGGGGUGGAUGCUAGGAAGUUGUUUCCGUUAGGCAUGGAGACUAGAACCCGUGGGCAUAGCCUUAAAAUUAGAGGGGGUAAAUUUACAAAGAAACAAAGAAUCCUACAGCACAGCAACAGGCCCUUCGGCCCUCCAAGCCUGCGCUGAUCAAGAUCCUCUGUCUAACCUGUCAUCCAUUUUCUAACUGUCUGUGCCCAUUUGCUCCCUGCCCAUCCAUGCACCUGUAAAAUAUAUCUUAAAAGAUGCCAACGUGUCUGCGUCUACCACCUCCACUGGCAACGCGUUCCAGGCGCCCACCACCCUCCGUGUAAAGAACUUUCUACGCAUAUCUCCCUUAAACUUUCCUCCUCUCACUUUGAACUCAUGACCCCUAGUAACUGAGUCGCCCACUCUGGGGGAAAAAAGCUUUUUGCUAUCCACCCUGUCUAUACCCCUCAUGAUUUUGUAGACUUCAAUCAGGUCCCCCCUCAAUCUCCGUCUUUCUAAUGAAAAUAAUCCUAAUCGAUUCAACCUCUCUUCAUAGCUAGCACCCUCCAUACCACGCAACAUCCUGGUGAAGCUCCUCUGCACCCUCUCCAAAGCAUCCACAUCCUUUUGGUAAUGUGGUGACCAGAACUGCACACAGUACUCCAAAUGUGGCCGAACCAAAGUCCUAUACAACUGCAACAUGACCUGCCAACUCUUGCACUCAAUACCCCGCCCAAUGAAGGAAAGCAUGCCAUAUGCCUUCUUGAUCAACCUAUUGACCUGCGUUGUCACCUUCAGGGAACAAUGGACCUGAACACCCAGCACUCUCUCUUCACCGAUUUUUCCCUAGGACUUUUCAAUUUACUGUGUAGUUCGCCCUUGAAUUUGAUCUUUCAAAAUGCAUCAGCUCGCAUUUGCCCAGAUUGAACUCCAUCUGCCAUAUAUCUGCCCAACUCUCCAAACUGAAAUGAGAUGACAUUUCUUCAGCCAGAGAGUGGUGGGCUUGUGGAAUUCAUUGCCACAGAGUGCAGUGAAGGCCGGGACGUUGGAUGCCUUCAAGGCAGAGAUCGACAAACUCUUGAUCUCAGAAGGAAUCAAGGGCUACGGGGAGAGUGCAGGGAAGUGGAGUUGAAAUGCCCAUCAACCAUGAUUUAAAUGGCGGAGUGGACUUGAUGGGCCGAAUGGCCUUACUUCCACUCCUAUGUCUUAUGGUCUUAUUGUCUUAUGGUCUAACUGUCCUUUUAAGAGCUAGUGAAUCUGAGCCAAGACUCAAAAUUAGAAGCAAAAGCAGAAAUUGCUGAAGAAGGUCACUGAACCUGAAACAUUAAAACUCUGCUUUCUUCUGCACAGAUGCUGCUAGACCUGCUGAUUUUCUCCAGCUUUUUUUUGUUUCUGAUUUACAGCAUUCACAGUUCUUUGGUUUUACUUUUUCAAAAUCAAUUUUAAAUCGAUUAAGAUUUUUGCUAGGUAAAACUAUAAAAGAAUUGGAAAUCAAGAUAGUGUCACAAAUAAUUUGAGACACACAAAAAGAAUUGCAAUAGCUGUAAGGUAUGCUGGGGUGCCUUGAAGUCAUGAAAGGGAAUCUGUAAAUGCAAGUUCUUUCUCUCUCUCCCUGAACCAUUGCUGCCCUAUAACCUUUGGCUAUAAAUAUCUUAAUUAGUAUGUGGGCAGGGAGAAAAUUGAUGCACAGCAACAGCAGAAACUGGGCUGGCAGUAUAUUGCGACAUUACUAAUUUCUUUCUCCAUUGUACGUGGCCUGGAGCUGGCUGCCAAAUCACUGUUGUCUGUUUUGUGCCAUGGAGAGACCAGUUCCACCCCCUGCAUUGUUUGGACAAGUCUGUCGGAUGCUCUGUAGUCUAUCAAUGAAUAUCAGGGAAGUGAUUCAAUUACAUAUUUUCUCAUGCAUUCAAAAGAUUGCAAUUUUCUUCCUUCAGAUUGUCCCAACUCAUGAAAUCAUUGACUACAUUUAGCAAACAUAAGCACAUGAUUAUGUACAUACAUGUUGCAUAUGGCUGGCACUCCCUCUAUCGCCCAUUGUAACUGUUGAAAUAAACAUUGAUGUAAUGUGGAAAGAAAUAGAAUGUGGCACUAUCAGUAUCUUAACACUUCUAUGUUUACUUAAUUUAAUGACUGGCUACAAUCUAGUGUUACUGUGACCUGCUCGUCUUACUUUUAAUUUGAUAAUAUCGUGUUUUGCCUAAUUACAACAGUUUUGUUGCCAUGCAUUUAUGUUGCAAUUAUAUUUUUCUUUUAUAUGGAGAGAAUGUGGUAAACAAAUGCGCUUAAAGAUUGCUGAAAGAUGCAGAUCAGCCAUGGAAUUGGACAGGCCAAUGGCAAAAGUAAUUGCAAUUUUUAAGAAAUGUUAAAUAUUGCACACAAGUCCGAAUAAUAUGAGGUCCAACUAUUCAAUAAAUAAAACUGAAUUAACACAGUU